AUGUCAAUUGAUAUUGAUGAACGAUGCGAAUAUUACCCAUUGGAAGAUAUUGUUUUGAAUGCUUUGCAUGAUUACUAUGUUGAUUUGGAAGAUUUACAAAGUCUCUGUGAAGAUAUGAAAUUUCUUUGUCAGAAAGAGCAAAUGAUUCCUUGCUGUAGUGUUAAAUAUUCUAAAUUAAUUGAAGAUGAUGCAUAUUUGGUCGAAGAUAUUGCUAAUCUUUCCAGUAAGAUGGUUAAAUUGCAUAAAAACGUUAUUGAUGCUUUUAAACGUUGUAGGGAAAAUCGAGAGAAAAAGUUAACAGAAAUUACUAAGCCUAAAAAAUAA